GAGAGGACACCCUUUAUUUUACACCCCCUCCCCUCAGAGAGGACUAUGAGCUCCAUGCCGGACAACUUAGUCCCGACCGACGGGUCCAAGUCGGCGUUUUUGGAGUUCGGCUACCCGGGACACCAGCAGCCCUCCCCGGGCCUGAGUCACGGCCAGUACCCGGUGCACGGUCUGCACCACAUGGGGGCCCCGCAGCAUGACGGGCCCUUCUCUGCCGGAGCCUCCUCCUACGGCCGCUCUAUGGGAUACCCGGCCUACCACGCGCCCGUGAGCGCGCACCAUCCCGGGACUUAUCUGACCUAUCAGCACGGAGGACUGGGACAGUCCCGACUGGAGGACACGGAUCACGAUAAGCCCACAACGGUCAUAGAGAAUGGGGAGGUGAGGCUGAAUGGCAAGGGAAAGAAGAUAAGAAAGCCUCGAACCAUCUACUCCAGCCUGCAGCUCCAGGCACUCAACCAGCGCUUCCAGCAAACUCAGUACCUAGCCCUGCCUGAGCGGGCUGACCUGGCAGCCAAACUGGGCCUGACGCAGACGCAGGUGAAGAUCUGGUUCCAGAACAAACGAUCUAAAUACAAGAAGAUCAUGAAAAAUGGGCCGUGUGGACCUGAGAGAGAUCCCCUUGCGCCACCACCACCGUCUUCCUCUCCGUGCUCUCUCUGGGACAUCAGUAUGGGUGCCAAAGCUGCACCCGCACAUUCAGGAGGGUACAUGAACAAUUUUGGACACUGGUACCCUGGACACCAGCAGGACACCAUGCCAAGGACUCAGAUGAUGUGACAGACAGCAGGAUGAAACCAUGCUGGGAUAAACUGCUGUGUUAUACCAACAAACAGCUACAAGCACAGGACAAUGACCGUGUUUAGAGGCUGAGCCACUCUGGAAGUGAAACAUACAUAAAUGGUAUAAAAAUUACCUUCUUUUUAAAAACCAAACCAACUGGACAUCUAUAAUGUAGCUGAAGACAUUUUGAAUCAGUACUAAAAUGUGUCCUGGCUGAGUGAGAAUCUUCCUACACCAACAUAGACCAC